ACUUCCGCAUAAUUUCCUUCAUUUCUCGUCAAGGAUUUCAGCUGCUGCUGAAUAAUAGAUAAUGGAGCCUGGCCACUGAGAGCUAAAAUUGAAGAGAUGGCCACCAAAAGUAGCAGAAACUCGUUAUCUGAUCUCCAAGCUUCACUUAUUCUAUUUUUUUGCUGCUUCUGUCUCAGGACUAACAGUGCUGCUGGAGAGGACACCAUUUCAUUCCAGCAACCUCUCUCCGGAAAUCAGACCAUAGUGAGCAAAGGAGGCAUCUUUGAGCUUGGCUUCUUCACACCAGGUAAGUCUCAGAAGUACUACAUAGGUAUUUGGUAUAAAAAAAGGCCUGAGAGAACUGUAGUAUGGGUAGCAAACAGAGAAACGGCAGUAUCAAGUGCCACAAACUCGGAGCUCACCAUCUCCAGAGAUGGCAACUUGGUCCUCUUAGACAAGUCCAAGAACCAAAUCUGGUCAUCUAAUCUCACCUCCAUAAGAUCAAACAGAACCACUGUUGCAGUGAUCCUAGACACUGGAAAUUUUGUGCUCACCAAUCAGUCUGACUCUUCAAUGAUAUACUGGCAGAGCUUUGAUCAUCCAACAGACAGUUGGCUUCCUGGUGGGCGUGUAGGCUGGAACAACAUCACCAAGCAGUACAUGACCCUUGUUUCAUGGAGAAGUGAAGAUGAUCCAGCUUCAGGUUCUUACUCUUUUGGCAUGGACCCAACAGGGAAAGACCAACUGGUUCAGAUGUGGAAUGGUACUGAGUACUACUGGCUGAGUGGUGGAUGGAAUGGCCAAUACUUCUCUGAUGUCCCUGAACUGACGAGAAACCAAAUCUUCAAAUACAUCUACAAUGAAAGUUUGAACUCAGUAACAUACACCAUUAAUGAUGCCAAGGUCGCACUGGUCACAAGGUUUCAGGCAAGUGUCACAGGGAUAGGGAUACAGUGGGCCUGGUUGAAUACUACACCAGAAUGGAUAGCGAGUUGGUCUCAGCCAAAGCUCCAGUGCCAGGUCUACUCCUUCUGCGGGCCUUUCAGCAUCUGCGCUGAUGCUGCCGCCCCUGUUUGCAGUUGUUUGCAAGGUUUUGAUCCAGCAUCAAAGAUAGAUUGGGAUUCCGGAUCCUGGAAAGGUGGAUGUGUUAGGAGAACCAAAUUACUAUGUGAGACCAAUAGCACCGUGAACAUUGGACAGGAAGACAAGUUUCUUAUGAUUCCCAACAUGCAGCUGCCAGUGAACUCAGAGGCUUCACCGACCAAUAAUUCUGACCAAUGCCAGGUAACAUGCUUGAGCAACUGCCCUUGUGUUGCAUAUUCUUAUAAUGGAAAUGAUUGCUUAAUCUGGAGCAGUGGACUAGUUAAUCUCCGGCCAUCAACAAACAGCAGUAACAGUGCUGUUGGGGAUGUCUUCCUCCGGCUUGCGGCUUCCGAGCUUCAGGAUUCCAGCAACGGAGUUAGUGCUGGAGUCAUAGCAGGUGCUGUGGUUGGUGGAGUGGUGCUCUGUCUUGUUCUUGUUUUGGUUGUGAUUUGGAUAUUAUGCCGUAAGAGAAGGCAAACCAGAACUGCUCUCAGACAAACUAAAGAAGGUGGCUUGGUGGUGUUCAGCUACAGAGAGUUGGAACAUCUGACAAAGAACUUCUCUGAAAGAUUGGGAGGUGGUGGCUUCGGUUCAGUCUUCAAAGGGGUGCUGCCAGACAACAACGUCAUCGCUGUGAAAAAACUGGAAGGUCUGAGACAAGGAGAUAAGCAAUUCAGGGCAGAGGUGAGCACCAUGGGGACAAUCCAACAUGUCAAUUUGGUUCGUCUCCGUGGGUUCUGUUGUGAGGGUGACAAGAGAUUGCUGGUCUAUGACUUCAUGCCAAAUGGUUCUCUUGAUUCCUACCUGACUGAUAACCAUGCAAAGCAGACUCUAUGCUGGAAACAGAGGUACCAAAUCGCCAUUGGAACCUCCAGAGGUUUAGCUUAUCUCCAUGAGCAUUGUAGAGAUUGCAUCAUGCACUGUGACAUCAAACCGGAGAACAUACUCUUAGACAAGGAUUUGUGUCCCAAAGUGUCAGACUUUGGCAUGGCAAAGCUCAUGGGAAGGGAUUUCAGCCGGGUGAUGACUACCAUGAGGGGAACAGUAGGAUAUCUGGCGCCUGAAUGGAUCACUGGGCUCCCGGUGACACCGAAAGCAGAUGUAUAUAGCUACGGAAUGGUUCUGUUUGAGCUGAUCUCCGGCAAGAGAAAUGCAACAGUGCAUGAAGAUGGACAAGUUACCUUCUUCCCUGUUUGGGCUACAAAGAGAGUUGUUGAAGGUGAUGAUGUGUUGAGCUUGCUGGACAAGAGUUUGCAUGGCGAUGCAGACAUUGAAGAGCUUGGCAGGGUUUCCAAGGUUGCAUGCUGGUGCAUUCAAGAUGAGGAGAGCGAAAGACCGUCAAUGGGUCAAGUGGUUCAGAUGCUGGAGGGUGUGGUGGAGAUUCAAGUGCCUCCAAUUCCAAACACACUGCACCGUCUUCUAGAUGAUGAAAGUAAGGAUGCUAUGGUAUUUUAUGAAGACCCCAAGAAUGUCAUUUAGUAAGUGAUUAGUUUUCUCUCAUUCAGUCUGCUCAUGUAUUUACAUCUUUCUUGUUUACGAAUUACGAGUGAGUUUGUUGUCUUGUAUUAAUGGUGCUCGUAUAAUAAUAAUAAUAAUAAUAAUAAUGAACUGCAGCUUCAUUAUGCUAUGGCGAGGAUAAUAAAUA